AUGGAAACUUUGUGGAAAUUUAAAACCACAGAAAAAUUUAACGUUCUUAAAGUUGCUACUUUAUUCAAUCAAACAGGGCUAAGGGUGAUUGUGGGAGGCGAAGAUGGAAUUAUCCGAAUUUAUGAUUUGUUUACAACAUCAGGUGAUGUCAAACCACAGGCAUUGCUUGAGACCAAAAGUGGUCCAAUUCAAAGCCUAGGUGUCCAUGACGUCACAAAAUUCUACGAUCAAGAUCUCAUUGUUGCUGAUUCUUGGGGAAUGCUGACAAUUUUCUGCAACCACCAAAUUAUUAGUCGACAAAAAUUAUCAGACAGUUCUCUUAAUCACUUACAAAUAUGCAGCGAUCAAUCUGGAAGCAAAUCAAUUGUGAGCAGUGACGAUUCAGGUCUUGUGUGCGGUAAUAAAGUAUCUGAAGAACUUUGGAAGAUUAAUCUCAACAACAGAACAACAAUCAAGGAACCAAGUGAGCAGAUUAUUGUGAAAAGUUUACUGAGUGUGGAUAUUUGCGAUCAAUUUAGCCAUACAUCUAAUUAUGUUCUUGUAGCAGACAACAGUGAACACCUUCACAUUUUGCAUGAGGGAUCCAUUAUAAAUGUAUUAAAAACUCCUGGAGUUGUGGUUGCUAUGUGUAAAGGUUGGUUUAUGAAUACAACAGCAAUUGGUUAUCAAGCACCAACCAACAGAGAAGGAGCUCCUGCUGCAAGCAUCCAAGAGAACACACAAGUUUUGCUAGGGACUGAAAGCGGGGCCAUUUACUUGCUGCAUAACUUUACGAUUUCUGCGGAUGAAUAUGCUCGUGUUCCUCAGAUUAUUGUCAGCUUAAAUCCCAUUCACUUACCAGAAUAUGAGACUGAUCUUGUCAUUUGUGCCGGAUAUUUUAAUUCAUUAGACGUCUUCCACGAAGGCAGGAAAAUUGGUAGUUUUCCUUCUCCUGAUUGGAUCAGCACAGUGGACACUGCAGACAUUGACGGUGAUGGUGUGACGGAGAUUGUUUUUGGCUGCAUGGACAACACGAUUCAAGCUGUUAAAAUAUCAGUCACGUGA